GAUUCCUUUCUCCCUUACUUUCUCCAAGCAACUUUCUCUUCUCCUAUUCCUAUUCUUUCCUUUCCCAUUAUUCUUCUCUUCCCUGCAUUCAAAAAAGAAAAGCUAUCUUUUUUUCUUCUAUUAAUCUUAUGUACUUCCCCCUCUUCACUCGCAAGAUCAAAUGAAGGCUUUGAGUUCUGUAACCGGUUUUGUCUUGCCAGACCUGAAGAAUAAGUUGCUCCUUUGUAGUUUCCUCAUUGUGCUUUCUUUGAUUUGUGGUGCUUAUUUCGUUGGUGAUGCAUUCGUUGCAAAGGAAUACAAACAAAGAUUAGCAAGAUGGGGACUAAUUUAUAAAAUGCCGGAAACAAAACCCAAUGCAUGCAAGAGACAAUGCUGGCCUUCUGGAAGUGAGGCAUUGCCUGAAGAAAUUGUUGCUAGAACAUCUAACUUGGAAAUGCGGCCCUUAUGGGACUCCGGUAUAAAUAAUAAAAUUUCAAAGCGUCCAUUGAACUUGUUGGCCAUUGCAGUUGGAGUUAAGCAGAAAGAAGUUGUCAGUAACAUUGUUGAAAAGUUCCCUUCAAGUGAUUUUGUUGUGAUGCUUUUUCAUUAUGAUGGUUUUGUGGAUGAAUGGAAGAAUUUAGCUUGGAGUAGUCGUGCCAUACAUGUGUCUGCUAUUAAUCAAACAAAAUGGUGGUUUGCGAAACGAUUUUUGCAUCCAGACAUAGUUGCUGAAUACAAUUAUAUAUUUCUCUGGGAUGAGGACCUUCUUGUUGAUAAUUUUGACCCAAAAAGGUAUUUAUCUAUUGUUAAAGAAGAGGGACUUGAGAUAUCACAGCCUGCAUUGGAUCCUGUUAAAUCAGAAGUACAUCAUCCACUGACAGUUCGUAAAGCGGGGUCAAAAGUGCACAGAAGGUAUUAUAAGUCUAAAGGUAGCGGAAGGUGUGAUGACAAUAGCACUGGUCCUCCUUGCAUAGGUUGGGUAGAAAUGAUGGCACCAGUGUUUUCUAAAAAAUCUUGGCAAUGUGUAUGGCAUUUGAUCCAGAAUGACUUAAUCCAUGCCUGGGGCCUGGAUAGGCAACUUGGUUAUUGUGCACAGGGCGAUCGAAUGAGAAAUGUUGGUGUGGUUGAUUCUGAGUACAUAGUUCAUCUGGGUCUGCCUACUCUUGGGGGCUCAAACGGCAACGAGGCGCUAUCAAAUUCGUAUAAAGAUAAUGCUAGAGUUAAAGUUAGGAUGCAGUCAUACGUUGACAUGCAGGUUUUUGGGAAAAGAUGGAAAGAUGCGGCAAAGAAGGACAAGUGUUGGAUUGAUCCAUAUGAACAACAGGCAAACCAGACUAGCCAUUAGUCUACUUUGUGAGACUUUAGUUGAUCAAAAUCCAAGUGCAGUGUUCAUGUUCAUAGUCAACGUUUUAAAUUGAUGCAAGUCCCGUGACUCAGAUUUUGGUGAAUAAAACGUAUGCUUGGUAUCCAGUCUUGGUUGGAGCUUGUGAUUUGAUAUCUCAGGUGUGGGGUCUCAGAGAGUUUACGGGAACAUUGCUCCUUUGCGAUCAUUGAAGGAACUCUUCUACCUUCGUUUUAUGAUUAAGCCAUUCAUUCUCUAGAAUAUUGGUGUACAUAGGGUGUGGUAUAGAGGUGUUUGUUCAUAUGACAACAGAAAAAUGUGGGAUCAUAGAUUUUUUCCCAGUGAAUGACAAUGUAAAUAGGUUACAUGGCUGAACAGUCUGGAAAUGUUAUUU